AUGGCUCACGGCCAGCCGCCCGUGUCGACGGCUCCUGAUGCCAAAACAAACACACGAGACCCCAAAGAUCAACAGGCUGAAGUGGAAGAAUCAUCUACGCCUUCGACUCCGUCGACACCUACUACGCCCACGUCGGGCCCAGAGCGACGAGGAUCCACGUUCAUGAAAUUCAUGUCGUCGAUCCUCGGCUCUAAGAAUCCUAUCGCUAAUCCAGCGGACCCGCAAACAAACACGGUCUGGCUAUUUGACAACACUGCCUACCAGUCUAGUAUUCCGGCCAGUCCAAAGCCUGACCAAGCACAUUCGACGGCAUGGCGUGCUGAGGUGGUCGCUUGUAUAUUUGAAAGCCAGGGCCGUAAAGAUGUGGGCAAGUUUGUCGCCACGAUCGCAGACCAGCUAGGUAUCGACGGCGCUGUCGGCGGCGCCGACGAAGAGACUCGCCAACGCAUCGAAAAGCGCGUGCAGCCAUUUUUGGAUCAAGUCUCACCGGGUCGGACAAUUACGAUGGACAUCACAAUUCAAGACAAAGCCCAGUCCCAUUCGCUCGGCCCGUCAGACCGCAACGGCAUAAUCAGCCAAGUAGUCGAGUUAGGCUCAAACGAGAGCCUUCACGACCAAACAUACAUUGCGUCACAGGCGCAAUCAUUCGAGAACGCCCACUCGUCCAUGAAAACCUACUUCGCUGCGCCCGAGGGCUGGCUCGUCGUCUCCGACAUCGACGACACCAUCAAACGAACAAUGACCCGCGAACCGACCGGCAUCUUGCGAACAACAUUCGCUGAGGAGCCCGCCCCAAUCAAGGGAAUGCCGGAAUUCUACAAGUACGUGCACCGCGAGCUAAAACCAACAUGGUUCUACCUCUCCGCCUCCCCGUACAACCUGUACCCAUUCCUGCACAGCUUCUUGAACGAGAACUACUGCGCCGGCACGCUCGUUCUGCGGGACUACUCGUGGAUGGACAUCAGCGGGCUUAUCAAAUCGUUCACGGAGAAGACCCAGGAGUACAAGACGGAUCGGAUGGAAAAGAUCCACCGCAACUUUCCGCAGCGGCGGGUGCUGUGCAUCGGAGACUCGACCCAGAAGGACCCCGAGGCCUAUGCAGAGAUGUAUCGGCGGUAUCCGGAGUGGAUCCAUGCGAUUGCCAUCCGGAAGGUAACUGACGUGGCGCAUAUGGAAGAGCAUAAUAAACCAGAGCGCUUUGAAGAGGCGUUUAAGGGCGUGCCCACGGGUUUGUGGACUGUCUUUGAGGAUCCGGUUGAGUUGUAUGACUUUGUUGAUAACCUAGGAAUGGAGGAGCAAGUCCUUUGA